AUUCUACAGCAGGUGUACUGGAUUCUACUUGUUCUUUCUUCACAAGCCCAUAUCUCCUCAUCAUGACCCAUAUAGUCCAAUAUCCAUCAAUAAUCUAACCCAUUGCUCUCUUUCCUCGCUUGGACACCAACUUCAUCCUCACCUCUAACCCUUCCCUUUCCCUCCCUCCCCUUCCUACACGAUGGCCGGCGGAAGGCCCAAAUAUCGACAUCUCUCCCGCAAAUCCUCCCACCGCAAAGCUCUCCUCCGAAACCUACUGGAAGCGGUCAUCCAGCAUGAGACCAUUCGAACCACAUUCCCCAAAGCCAAGGAGGCGCAACGCUUCGUCGAGAAGGUCAUCACUCUAGGGAAGAAAGGGACGGAGGCUUCAAAACGAAGAGCGGAACAGAUAUUCUUCCGCCCCCACCAGUUCAUUCCCAAAGUCUUCGGCCCCCUCGCCGACCGCUACCGUGACCGCGCCGGCGGCUACACCCGUGUCCUGCACAUCGAGCCCCUCAAAGAAGACCAAGCGCCCUCCGCGAUCCUCGAGCUCGUCGACGGCCCCAAAGAUAUGCGCUUCCACCUCGCCGCUAAGUCCAUCACUUACGCGCGCCUGCACGACCGACCCAUCUCCGAGGGCACAGCGAAGUACAUCGAGAAGGUGUGCGCGCUGCGGGAGGGCGGGAAGGCGGAGCUGGACGCGCUGGCGCGGAAGCUCGAGCGGUUUCAGCCGUUUAGUGAGAGCGAUGAGUUUGUGUUGGAGGGGAAGCGCGCGGUGUAUGGGCCGACGGAGAGACCGAUGGAUGCGACGUGGGGGCGGAAGGGACAUCGGAGGCAUGAGUUGGAGAAGAUCCAUGAGAGCGAUGAUAAGGAUGUGAGGAUCCAGCGGCUAAAGGAGCAGCAGGUGUGGCAGCGGGGAUGGGAAGCAGGGAACGAGUGGGAUGUGGAUAAGGAAGAGAAGGAGAAGAAGUAGAAUCAUGAGCGCGAUAGAUGGAGUUCCCUGUAGGAUGGAGUGGUACCUGUAUUAUACUGUACGAAACGCCGAUACAUUCGCAUCACGGGGAGCAUGGCGUCGUUUCAGACCCCCAGAGUUGGUCGUCAAUAUAAUUGACAUUUUCUAGGAAGUCUUUUUAGAAACAUC